AUGACUGGACAAAUGCAUGAGAAAAAUUUGGCAGAACAAGCCUCCUACCUAGAAAGGGUUUUUAUUCGCUUCUUAGCCAGCAAAAUAUUAGUAAAAAGAAUUAUGAACAUGCUCAAAAGUAGUGGAGCUGAACUUAAGCUAAUGACAGAUAUAAAUGAGUACUUGAUGGUUGAGAAGGGCAUUCAUGAAGGCAUGAUAAUGGCAAGUUAUCAUGCAAUGAUCCAAUAUAUGCUUACAGAAAUAUUGAGAAAAGUAAGCCUAGAACAGGUUCUGGAUAUACAAAGUAUUGCAUCAGAUACUAAAAUAGGAUAUAUAUUAAAAGUUGAUUUAAAAGUUUCAAUAUAUUUGCAUGAUUUCUUUGUGGAUUAUUCUUUAGCAUUAGAAAAGCAGAUAGUUCCAAAAGAAUGGCUUAGCUUGCAUAAUAAAAGAUUAGUAUAUAAUAAAGAAGUUGAAGUGGAAAAUAUAUAA